AUGGCACAGAUUGCUAUUAUAUUUCGUGGUUUGCCUGGCAGUGGUAAGAGUCAUUUAGCUAAACUAAUUAAGGAGAAGGAGUUGCAGUAUUCAUCUUCUGCUCCAAGAAUUCUCUCAAUUGAUACUUACUUUGUUGAUGAAGUGGAGAAGAUAGAGAGAGACCCUGAGACAGGUCGUAGGAUAAAGAGGAAGGUGGAAGAGUAUGAGUAUGAUGUAGCACUAGAGACAAGUUACAUGGCUAGCAUGUUUAAGUUGUUUAACAGGACGCUAUCUGAGGGUUAUUUCUCUAUGAUACUUGUCGAUGCUGUUAAUUCAAAGAUUUCUGAUUUUGAUCAGUUUUGGAGCAAUGCAAAGCUAAGUGGUUUUGAGGCUUUUGUGGUUGAGCUUAAGGAACCUGUUGAGGUUUGUGCUAAGAGAAACAUACACAACAGGACCAGAGAAGAGAUUGAGCUGUUAGCUAAACAAUGGGAGCCUACUCCUCCUCACUUUCUUCAACUUGACGUUACUUCUUUAUUGUCACCACAAGACACAGCAAUUGAUGAAGUGGACAUGGAAAUGGUUGAUUCAGACAAAGAGGACUCUGAAGAAAAGAAGAAGGACCCCAACCCUCUCCCUCAGUAUCAUGGCCUAGUACCAAGUCGCUGGGAACAGGAGGCGAUGAAUGAAGACAUGCUAGAUAAGCUUGAUGGAUUUAAGAAGCGUCGGAGAAGAGAAGGAGCUGUGGGGGAGGAGGGGGAGGAGGAGGAGGAGGGACUGAGUCUGAAAGAAUAUCUAGAACGGAAACAAGAGGAGUACAGUCAAGCUGGCAAAAUGAACAAGAAAAGAGUAAGAUGGGCAGACCUGGAGGAAGCAAAGGAGGAAAUAAGAAAGAAAGAGAUUGGGUUUUCACUGGGGGGUGGCUGGAGCAAAGUAUCAGAAGAUGAAGUGAAUAGAAUAUUACAUCAGCCCACAGCGUCCAAUGAGGAUGAGAAGGAAACACAAUAAUUAAAUUAUAAUAAUAAUUAUGCUUUCAUAUGUUUUAAAAUUAAAUGACUUGUGUGUACGUGUAUAAUAAUAUUAUUCAAACAGUAAAUAUUGACAACAAAAAAA